UGGUCACACUUUUCUUGCAGGUUUUAAGUGUUUUUUCUUUGUUUUUAUCGCGAAAUCCUGCUCUUCGAAGAGCAUACAAAAAAUCUAUAAAAUAUUGAAACCGUGCGGCGGCUUGAUACCUGUGCAACCGAUCCAAGCACCUGUGUAAUUUAGCCCUGAAUUGAUAUUGGCCAGUGCUGAAAAGCCGAUUAUCUAACGAAAAAUUAUCGAUGUAUUAACGAUUCGAAGUUCGAACGCGAGCGAAGCAACCCAAGUGAUUAAGUCAGCCAGCAAGGCAAGUCGGCUCCCGUAAAUUAUCUGUCCAGUCCCAAAACUGCUCAAAAUCUAUACCCCUUUCUCUCGCCCUCUUCGCAAAAGGAGAUAACAAAUUUCGCUAAAUAGAACCAAAACACCUUUCGGCCAGGAUUGUUCGGCAGACCGUUUUGCCUUGCACCGCCGCUCAUCCCCCCACCAACCCGCUGUUGGCCUUGCAACAUCAAAUUUGCGACGCAAAAACAAAACACACGCACACACAGACUUAUACCGAUACACCACCCACACGCCAGCUGUUUUGUUAUCGCGUUAUCGAUCGCACACAUGAGCGACAGUGGCCGCGAGGAAGAAGAGGAAGAGCGAUAAACGGAAAAAGCGAAAGAAGAAAAAAAACGGAAUAUAAAAGGUCCGGGCGGGCGGAAAGAUGUCUGUGCGACUGCUGACCGUGCGACUGAUCAAACAUGGUCGCUACAUUUUGCGCAGCUACUGUAAACGUGAUAUACACGCCAACAUUUUGGACCAAAACCAAUUGAGGACAAGAAGCAAGCGAGGCUUUCCCCUACCCUCCAGCGCCGCCAAUGUCCUGCGGCCUGCAGCACAGCCGUCGGCAGCCAAGUCGGCGCCCAAUCCUCCGGCCAGUGUCACGCCUAUUGCUCAGGUACAGAGCAACAAUGGCCUGUUUCGCGUCGGGCAGCAUGCCCGGAAACUCUUCAUCGACAACAUCCUCAGCCGGGUGACUACCCAGUACUCGGAGGAGCUGCGCCAGCGAGCCACACGCAGGCUCUUCUUCGGCGACUCGGCUCCAUUCUUCGCCCUGGUCGGCGUCAGCCUGGCCUCUGGCACGGGGGUGCUGAGCAAGGAGGAUGAGCUGGAGGGUGUGUGCUGGGAGAUACGAGAGGCGGCCAGCCGCCUGCAGAGUGCCUGGAAUCGUGAUGGUAUAUCCGAGACCCUGGACAGUAAGUUUACCAUUGAUAACUUGGACGUGGGACCGGCCAUAGCCAAGGGCUGUGCGGCGGUAGUCUAUGCCGCCAGCUUUAAAAAGGAGGAUGCCCUGGAUGCGGAGCCACUUCAGUCUAAACAGGAUCCUGCUGCUGCCGCCCCCUUGCCCGUGCCCGCCAUGGCCCCCAAUAGCUGGACCACCAGGGAGAUGAUGUCCCCCUUGCAAAACAUGUCCCGCUUCGUGCACAACUUUGGCGGCUCCGUGGACAACAUCUUUCACUACAGUCAGCCCUCGGCGGCCAGUGACUUUGUGGGGGAGCUGGAGAAGCAGCAGCAAGAGGAGCACCAGCAGCAGGCGCCUAAUCCCUUGACGGAGGCAAGACUUGACACCUCCACAGACAACUAUCCGCUGGCCUUGAAGAUGAUGUUCAACUAUGACAUCCAGAGCAACGCCCUGUCCAUUUUGCGGGCCAUGUACAAGGAGACAGUGCCGGCGCGUCAGCGUCGCAUGAAUCCCGCCGCCGAGGAGUGGGAGCGUCUGCUGCAGAACCAAACCCUGACCCUGCCGCCGCAUCCGAACAUUGUCUGCAUGUUUGGCUUCUUCUGCGACGAGGUGGGCAACUUUCCCGAUGGCCAUGUCCUGUAUCCCGUGGCCCAGCCGCAGAGGAUCAAUCCGCAGGGCUAUGGACGAAACAUGUCGCUGUAUCUGCUGAUGAAACGCUACGAUCACAGCCUGCGCGGCCUCCUCGACACGCAGGAGCUGAGCACCCGCACGCGGAUCCUUCUGCUGGCCCAGAUGCUCGAGGCGGUCACCCAUUUGAGCCGCCACGGCGUGGCCCAUCGUGAUCUCAAGUCGGACAAUGUGCUGGUCGAUCUGCAGGACGAUGCCUCCGCCGUGCUGGUGCUCUCCGAUUUUGGAUGCUGUCUGGCGGACAAGAUGCACGGCCUGCGUCUGCCGUAUGUCUCCCACGACAUUGACAAGGGCGGAAAUGCGGCGCUGAUGGCGCCGGAGAUUAUCAACAUGGUGCCCGGGCCCUUUGCCGUGCUCAACUACGACAAGGCGGAUCUGUGGGCAUGCGGUGCCCUGGCCUACGAGAUCUUUGGCAGCCGCAAUCCCUUCUAUUCGAACAGCGGCGGCCUGGCGUUGGAGCGCGGAGAGCUGACCCAUUCGCUGCGCAACAGCGACUAUCGGCCGGAGCAACUGCCCCCGAUGAGCGACACCUGUCCCCCGCUGCUACAGCAGCUGGUGUACAACAUCCUCAAUCCGAAUCCUUCCCGCAGGGUCAGUCCGGACAUUGCUGCAAAUGUGGUGCAGCUGUUCCUUUGGGCGCCCUGCAAGUGGCUCAAGGCGGGUGGCAUGCCCAACAGCUCCGAGAUCCUCCAGUGGCUCCUCUCGCUGACCACCAAGCUGAUGUGCGAGGGACGUCCUCAACUGGACGGAUCAUCGCCCGUGUCCGCCAGCGGCAGGCGUGCCUAUGUGGAAUACCUUCUCAUCUGCAGCUUCUUGGCGCGCGCCCGCCUGCGUCGCAUUCGCGGCGCCCUCAACUGGAUCCAGAACGCGGUGGCGUUGUAGGCGGAGCAGCCUUCCCUCUUCUACUUGUUACUCUGAGAAAAUCAAAUGAAAACGCGUGUGAUACCAAUAUAUUUUACAUAUGUAUUUAUAAAAGAAUUCAAAAUUAA